UUUUUGACGUUCAUAUUAUCGGUCGGAAAAUGACAAGUAGUCGAGAUUGUGCAAUUAUCAGUCUUAGCAGGUGACUUCCUGUUUACUAAUCUUAAAGCGUAGUAGCUUCUGUUGUUUUAUUGGGUUCCGCGUGGGCUGUUGGUCUACAGCAGGUACUACUUAAGUUUCCAGCGGCAAAGCAGGCAGAAUGGCGGAAAAUGCAUAUGGAGAGUUCGUUGCACGAACCGAAGACUCAUCGAUUAAAUUAGAGCCAGGCAGCCCACAAGACCGGGAUAAGUCGCUGUAUUCGCGGUGCAGCAGUGCCGGGAGCACACACACUCCCACAUCGAGCGCGCAAAACACAGACGAAGAGGACGAUAGUGAUAACACUAAAUCAGCUCCUUUAAACUAUAAAGAACGCCGACGUGAGGCUCAUACACAGGCUGAACAGAAACGCCGUGAUGCAAUCAAGAAAGGCUAUGAUACGUUACAGGAUUUGGUUCCAACUUGCCAGCAGAAUGACGCAUCUGGCUACAAACUGAGCAAAGCCAUCGUGCUGCAGAAAUCCAUUGAAUAUAUUGGAUACCUGAAUCAACAUACAGAUAAGUUGGAAAAAGAACGAGCUGCACUUCAAAAGGAGGUAAUGGCGAUGAGAAUUAUCCAAAGCAGCUACGAGAAUAUGUUACAGAAUCAGCAGACUAAUCCGGGGCCACCGGAGGCUCGAUUGAGUGACGAAGCAAAGUUUCAAGUGUUCCAGGAGAUCAUGGACGAAAUGUUCCUAACUUUCCAAAAUAUCCCCAUGGAUACCUUCGAGCAGCUGACCACAGGUGUUAUACCGUGGCUUGAAGAACAUUGUAAGCCGCAUAUACUGAGGAAUAUUGUUGGCCGGACUUUACAAAAAAUGUCCAUAAAUCAGAACAUUACGGCAAAUUCUCGCAUGAACGAGGGGAUCAGUUAGUUGUUCGGAACAAAUUUCAUAUUUUUUUUUUAAUGUUUUGUGUUUGAGAAAUAAUGUUUUUAAUAAUAAAAUGCUUAAAAGAUA